UUUGUCAUUCACCGCGCGCCGAUCAGCUGAUGGCUCCAACCUCAAAAACAGUCCCUUAAGGAAUUUUAGAAAUUUCCAAGGAGCUUUGCAUAAUGUUGCCUCUGCGCCGGAGUUUGCUGAAACCGCUCCAGGAUGUACUCCGACAGAGCCAUCGCCAGCUGGCGCAGAAGAACCUUCUGGAGCUCACAGAUCGAGGCUUUUUUCAGGGCAUAUUUCCUGAUACAGCAGCUCCCAGGAUGAAACAGCUUUUCACCAGCGGCCGACAAAGCAUCUACGCAGGAUUCGAUCCCACCGCUGACAGCCUACACGUGGGAAACCUGCUGGUAAUAAUGGGCCUGAUCCAUUGCCAAAGAGCCGGCCACAGACCUAUUGCCCUCGUAGGAGGAGCAACUGGACUCAUCGGGGAUCCCAGUGGACGCAAGACAGAGCGCAACCAACUGGGCGAGACGGUGAUCGAGACCAAUUUGAAGGCUAUCGAGCAACAGCUUCGCCAGGUGUUCGAAAAUCACGAAAACUGCCUUUGGGACUCUAAGAAACAGAAAUUCCCACUGGCUCCCCUAAUAAUCGUCAACAAUGCCGACUGGUACGCGGACCUGCAGCUCAUCGACUUUGUGGCCAACAUGGGACGACAUUUUCGCAUGGGGUCAAUGCUCUCCAGAUCCUCGGUGCAGUCCCGCAUGGAGUCGGAGGAUGGAAUGAGCUUCACCGAGUUCACCUACCAGAUUUUCCAAGCCUACGACUGGCUGCACCUACUGCGCCGCCACAACUGCUGCUUUCAAAUGGGUGGCUCUGAUCAGACGGGCAAUUUAAUGACUGGCCACGAGCUCAUUAGCCGCGUAGAGCGAAAGCGAGAGGUCUUUGGGCUCACCCUGCCACUGGUCACGACGGAGGAGGGCGAUAAGUUCGGCAAGUCGGCAGGCAAUGCAGUGUGGCUAGACUGUAACAAGACCUCGCCUUUCGCCCUCUACCAGUUUUUCCUGCGCAUGCCAGACUCCGAGGUCGAAAAGCUCCUGAAGCUGUUCACCUUCAUCCCGCUGCCCCAGGUGGAGCAGUUGAUGCGGGAGCACACGAGGGAGCCCGAGAAGCGGAAGGCGCAGACUCUGCUGGCUGAGGACGUGACUCUGCUGGUUCAUGGAGAAAGUGGGCUGAAGCAGGCGGAACGGGUGACUAAUGCCUUGUACAAAGGCAACGUGGAGGGUUUAGCGCAACUCAACCUUCCCGAGAUCCAGCAGACCUUUCAGGGAGCGACUAUGGUGAACCUGCUGACCGAGCCCGGAAUGUCCAUCCUGGAGCUGGCCAUGAAGGCGAAGUGCUUUCCCACGGAGACGGAUGCUGUACGUAUUAUAAACGCAGGCGGAUUUUACGUUAACCAAAAGCGGGUGCAGAAUAUCGCCGAAGUGCUAACUACGGGCGUGCACAUCCUGCGCAACGGAAUUUCUCUGCUGCGCGUGGGCAAACGCAACUUCUAUAUUGUGCGCUGGCAAUAGUGAACAGUAACCCUCUUAUCCGGUAAUAUUAACUUUUAAUUGUUGUUAAAUAAUCAUAGAUUUGUUACAUAGUAAGAA